AUGGCGUCACGUUGGGCAGACGACGAUGUUGAUAAGGCGGAGGAUCUACGCCGGAAGAAAGAGAAGGAAGAAAAGAAGCGCCUCAAGUUCCAGAGGCAACAAGCCGAACAAGCAGCAGCAGCCCGAGAAAGAGAAAUGGAAUCACGCCCAGCAAAGCGGCGACGGUUUUCCGAUAACGCCGCUUCCCAAGAAGUCAUUCCCAAGGAGCCACCAGCAGAAAGGACCUUACUAUGCUUUGAAGGCGGAGGCUGGGGACCAUGCCGACACGUCUCCAACUUUGAAACCCUGAACAACAUCGAAGAAGGCUCCUACGGUUGGGUUUCCCGUGCGCGCGAAAUCUCCACCGGCUCCGUCGUCGCGCUCAAGAAAAUAAAGAUGGAUUACCAACGUCAAGACGGCUUCCCCAUCACCGCCCUUCGCGAGAUUACCAUUCUCCAACGCGCGCGCCACAAAAACAUCGUCUCCCUGCACGAAGUGCUUUCCGGUUCGGAUCCCUCCGAAGUCGUCCUCGUCAUGGAGUUCCUCGAGCACGACCUCAAGACGCUGCAGGAAGACAUGCCGGAGCCGUUUCUCGCUUCCGAGAUAAAGACGCUGCUCAAACAACUCACAUCUGCGCUUUCCUUCUUGCAUUCAAAUCACAUCCUUCACCGUGAUCUUAAAACAUCAAAUAUUCUUCUGAGCAACCACGGCCACUUAAAGAUCGCGGAUUUCGGCAUGGCGCGCUACAUACCACCUCCCAACGCACGCCUUACACAGCUCGUUGUGACGCUGUGGUACCGCGCCCCAGAGCUCCUUCUGGGCACCGAUCAAUACAGCACCGAGAUCGACAUGUGGAGCCUGGGCUGCAUAUUCGGCGAGCUUCUCCUCAAGGAGCCCAUCCUACAAGGCAAGAACGAAGUCGACGAGCUGAGCCGUAUAUUCGCUCUCUGCGGCCUUCCCACGGACCGCAACUGGCCUGGGUUCUGGCGCUUGCCUAACGCGAAAGGUCUCAAGAUACCGCGGGACUCGGGCGCAAAGAGUGGAGGUGUGAUCAGGACGAAGUUCCCGUUCUUGACCAACGUGGGGGCGGAUCUACUUAUGAGUUUGCUGUCCCCCAAUCCGGAGCAUAGACCCACCGCAGAUGAGGUGCUGGACCAUAUGUACUUUAGGGAGCAGCCGAAGCCAAAGCCAAUGGAGAUGUUUCCUACGUUUCCGAGCAAGGCUGGGCAGGAGAAGAGGAGGACGAGGAGUCCGAAUGCGCCGAAGAGGGGGCAGGCGCCUGGGAUGCAGAAUGUGGACUUUAGUGGCAUCUUUGCGAAUCGAGAGGAAGAGCAGGCGGGUGCAGGAUUCCAGUUAAGAGUAGCAUAG